AUGCACGACGCACAGCUCAUGCAGACCGAACAGACACCACCCUUAUUGGGCUCAUCUCGGGAGGGGAUGAGUCCGCCUACAGAUCCAGAUCUCCAGGUGCAGGUGAUCAGAUCAACAGUCCACCAGAUUUAUACUAUGGCACAGCUGAAGUGUCUCGGCAGCUGUCGUCCACCUGAUCAUUCUUCCUACAUCUGGUUCAAGAAUGGACAGAAAGUUCAGACAAAAACAUCAUCUUAUUCAGUCAAUGUUUAUCCUGCAGACAGUUAUUCCUGUGCUGUAAAAGGACAGGAGGGUUUCCCCUCUCCUUCAGUGUAUGCUCCAAAGCUUCCCUCUGUGUCAGUGAGUCCCUCUGCUGAGAUAGUGGAGGGCAGUUCAGUGACUCUGACCUGCAGCAGUGAUGCUAACCCAGCAGCUAAAUACACCUGGUACAAGGAAAACCAAACUCUGCUCAGUGAAGAACCACAGCUUGUCUUCAGCUCCAUCCAGUCCUCUGACUCUGGAGAGUAUUACUGUGCAGCUGAGAACCAGCUGGGGAGGAAGACAACUAAAUACAUCAUUAAUGUGAAAUAUGCUCCAAAGCUUCCCUCUGUGUCAGUGAGUCCCUCUGCUGAGAUAGUGGAGGGCAGUUCAGUGACUCUGACCUGCAGCAGUGAUGCUAACCCAGCAGCUAAAUACACCUGGUACAAGGAGAACCAAACACUGAUUCAGGGACCAGAAGACGUUUAUAAUUUCACCUCUAUCAGCUCUAAGGACAGCGGGAUCUACCACUGCAAGUCUGAGAAUGAGUUGGGCCAGAUCAACUCCACAUCUGUAUCCAUAGAUGUCCAGUAUGCUCCAAAGCUUCCCUCUGUGUCAGUGAGUCCCUCUGCUGGUACGUUUCUCCAUGACACCACCUGGCUGAUCAAGAGACAGUAUCACCUAUCAAAUUCAUUCAUGAAUCAGACCUGGCAAGAUCCAGCACAGUUUAUAACUGUCUAUCUCCAUUUCUAG